AUGAAACUCGGUGAAAGUCCAUGGGAGAAAGUUUGUUUCAGCGGAGACCUCCCCCUGAAUAUCAGAACAAAACUGUGUGAGGAGCUGGGCUGCGAAGGACCCACCGACCGCAAUGGCCUCUCUGAGGUCCUCAAGUUGAAUUACAGUCUAGAGUCUUGCUCAAAGGACCAUCAACACAUCAAGUUCUGUCUGUCCAUGGACCAGUGCACCAAGCAACCAGCACAGCUCUACUGUAAAGGUUACGAGCCCCCGCUCCGCUCCUCUGGUCCCUCUGUUCUGGUCCCUGUGCUCCUCAGUUUGGGUUUGGUUCUGACUCUUGUCAUCGGAGGAUACUUCCUGCUGAGGUUUUACCUCCGACGCAACAACACUUCUAUCAAGCAGCUUCUGCCUCUAACAUGUGCGUCUGCGGCCAUGUUCCCAAAGCGUGUGGAAGAAGACUUUGAAAGUGGAGAAUAUGAAGAUCCUCCAAACCUGUCCAAAGACAUCUUUGCCCACGAUGAUGCCUUGGCUGUAGGGGGCGCCGCAGAGAAAAUGUCUUCUUCUUUGAGUUAUGACAACGUGGACGAUCUCACGCAGCAACUGACCAGUGGAUCUCCCGAACACCAGGAAGACUCAGAUCAGGACAGUUACGAUGACAUCGACGUCGUUGUCCAGACGACAGCAGAGAUCCAUCCUCAGCAUCCUCUGGGGGGAGGAGGGGGAGGAGAGGGAGGAGAGGGAGGAGGGGGGGAAGGGGAUGGGGAAAGUGCAGACCUGAUCCCGGGGGAGGAUGAUUACCUGGUGCCCCCUGGAGGUCAGCCUUGA